AUGUCUCCAUCACUCAGGGACCCCCAGGCCCGGCACGAGGCGGGCGCCUGCGGCCAAGCCUACGCCGGCGUUGGCUCCGCCAGCGGCUCCGAGGGCAGUGCCGAUGGCGGGGCCCAGGGAGGAGCCAACGCCGGCGGCGAGGUUGGCUCCAAGGCCAAGUCCAGGGCCAAGGGCGGUGCUGACGUUGGCUCCGAUGGCAGCUCCAACACCAAGGCCAACACCAGAUCCGAGAGCAGGGUCAACGCUGGCUCCAAGGCCAAGGCCAAUGGUGGAUCCAAGAGCAGAGCCAGCGCUGGCUCCAACGGCAGCUCCAGCACCGAGUCUAACACCAGAUCCAACGCCAGAUCCAAUAUUGGCUCCAACACCAAGUCCAAUUCCGGUGUCAACGCUGGUUCCAAGAGCAGAGUCAACGUUGGCUCCAAUGUUGGCUCCAAGGCUGAGUCCAACAGUGGUGCCAACAUCGGGUCCGAGCCCGGAGCCAACGUUGGCUCCGAGCGCAGCUCCAACGGCAAAUCCAAGGGCAGAUCCAAGACCGGAGCCACCGUUGGCUCCAAUGCCGGCUCCGACUGCGAGUCCAACGCCGGCGCCAACGUCGGAUCCAGGAGCGGAGCCAAUGUUGGAGCCAACAUUCCCUCCGAGGCCAAGUCCAACGCUGGAUCCAAGAGCAGAGCCAACGCCGGCACUAAUGUUGGCUCCAACGGCAGCUCCAAUGCCAAGUCCAACACCGGCUCCAACAUCAGAUGCAAGAGCGGUGCCAACGUUGGCUCCAACACCAAGUCCAACGCCAACGUCAACAUCGGAUCCAAGAGCAGCGCCAACACUGGCUCCAACGCCGGCUCCAGUGGCAAGUCCAACACCGGAUCCAAGAGAAGAGCCAACGUUGGCACCAACACUGGCUCCAACGGCAAGUCCAACACCAGAUCCAAGAGCAGAGCCAACGUUGGCUCCGACGCCAGCUUCAACAGCAAGUCCAACACCGGAUCCAAGAGCGGAGCCAACAUUGGCUCCAACACCGGCUCCAACGGCAAGUCCAACACCAGAUCCAAGAGCAGAGCCAACGUUGGCCCCGACGCCAGCUUAAACAGCAAGUCCAACACCGGAUCCAAGAGCGGAGCCAACAUUGGCUCCAACACCGGCUCCAACGGCAAGUCCAACACCAGAUCCAAGAGCAGAGCCAACGUUGGCCCCGACGCCAGCUUAAACAGCAAGUCCAACACCGGAUCCAAGAGCGGAGCCAACAUUGGCUCCAACACCGGCUCCAACGGCAAGUCCAACACCAGAUCCAAGAGCAGAGCCAACGUUGGCCCCGACGCCAGCUUAAACAGCAAGUCCAACACCGGAUCCAAGAGCGGAGCCAACAUUGGCUCCAACACCGGCUCCAACGGCAAGUCCAACAGUGGAUCCAAGACCGGAGCCAACAGCGGAGCCAACAUUGGCUCCAAGAGCAGCUCCAAGGCCAAGUCCAACAGUGGAUCCAAGACUGGAGCCAACGUUGGCUCCAAUAUUGGCUCCAAGGCCAAGUCCAACACCAGUGCUGACUCCAGCACCUAUAUUGGCUCCAACGCUGGCACCGACGGUGAGUCCAACGCCAGCGCCGACGUCGGAUGGAAGAGAAGGGCCAACAGCCCCAAUGCCGAGCCCAACGCUGGCUCUGAUGCCGCCACCGAGACCAGACCCAAUGUUGGCCCCGACACUGAGCGCAACGCCGGCUCCAAGACUGGGGCCAACGUCUGCUCCACCGUCAGCUUGGAGACCAGCUCCAACAUCAUCUCCGGCACCAGCCCCGAGAGCAGCUCCAAUAUCAGCCCCAAGGUUGGGGCCAACAUCGGCGCUGGCACCAGCUGCCACACCGAGGCCAACGUCGACUCUGAUGCCGGCUCCCACGCCAAUGCCAACUCCAGCGCUGACAUCAGAGCCGAGACCGUGUCCAACACAGUCUCCAAGACCACGCCCAACGUUCGCUCCGACGCCGGCUCCGAGACCAGGGUCGACGUUGGCCCCUGCGUUGCCUCCAAGACCGUGUCUGAUGGCAGCUCCAAGACCAGGUCCCAUGUUGGCGUCAAGACCAGGUCCCAUGUUGGCUCCAAGACCAGGUCCAACACCAGCUCCAAGACCAGGGUCAACGUUGGCCCCAAGGCCAGCUCCGAGACCAUGUCCAACAUCAGCUCCAAGGCCAAAUCCAACGUUGACCCCAAGGCCAAGGCCAACGUUGACGCCAACGUUAGCUCCAAUGUCGUCUCCAAGCCCAGAUCCAACACCAAGGUCAACGCCGGAUCCAACGCCAGGGCCAACGCUGGAUCCAACGCCGGGGCCAACGCCGACACCAAGGUCCCCACCAGCUCCGAUGCCGGCACCGGGGAAGUCAAGGCCGGGGCUGGCGGGGGGGCGGGGGGGGGCGGGGGGGGGCCUCGGCCGCCAGCUGCUGCCGCAGGCACCAGGCCUCGGCCUCACUGCGGGAGAGAGAGGGGGUUAUGGGAGGGCCUGGGGUGA